GCCAGUUCACCAGCCGUCUCAGAACAACAGCUCACUUAAAGCUCCACCUUCAGCAUAUGGUUCAUUCUUUUUCAAUAAUAUUUAUGAUUAUUGGUAUUUGUUUCUGAGUUUCGGCUGUAAAACACUUCACCUUUGUUAAUGGCUUAAUAUAAAGCUUCCUCCAGCUGGUCCAAGCUAAAACUUAAACCCUUUUCAUCAUCAUUCCUUGCCCCUAGUGCGACCGACCCUUCUCUCUCUCUCUCUCAAGAAAAAAGAUUUAAAAUUGUAACAAUACUGAUCCUGAAGAGGAAGAAAAAAAGGGUAAGUGUUAGAUGUCCACCAGUCACCACUAAGUCCCUUUAGCUCUCUCUCUUUCUAGAAGCCUUGUAGCGCAUUCUUCCUUACUCCAAGCUUGGAUGCAACCAUCUCAUUCUUUCUUCUCUCUUUCUCUCAACUCAAGUUCUGUUUUCCGGUUCAUUUUGGCUUUGAGAAUUUGUUGGGUUUUAGUUCGCUGUUGUGAAACAUGAGCAAACAAGAGUUAAUGAAGAUGCAGCAGACUUGUGUUCUGAAAGUGAAUAUACAGUGUCACUGUGAUGGGUGUAAGAAGAAAAUAAGGAAACUUCUGCAAAAAGUUGAUGGGGUGUAUAAUGCCACAAUAAAUGCAGAGCAAGGGAAGGUAACUGUGACAGGAAAUGUUGACCCAGCCAAGCUCAUAAAGAAGCUUGAAAAGUCAGGGAAGCAUGCUGAGCUAUGGGGAGCUCCUAGGGGCUUCAACAACUAUCAAAACCUUGUCAACAAUCAAUUCAAGAACAUGCAAACUGGAAAUGUCAAAGAAAACAAAUCUCAAAAGGGUGGAAAGGGAGGCCAACAAGGGCAACACCAAAUGCAACAAUUCAAAGGAUCUAGUGAUUUGAAGAUGCCCCAUAAAGAUCAGAAAUCUGUCAAGUUCAACUUGCAGGAUGUUAAUAUUGAUGCAAGUGAUGAUGAUUUUGAUGAUGAAUUUGAUGACGAAUAUGAUGAGUUGGAUGAUGAUUCUGAUGAUGAGGACAUUGGUCAUGGUUAUGGACCUGGUCAGGGUCAUCAGUUGCCUAACAAAAUGAUGCCCAUGAUGGGCAAUGGCUAUGGACUGCAGGGCCCUCAUGGCAUGAUUAACGGGCCUAUGCUUAAUGCUAAAAAGGGGGGUGGUGGUGGAGGAGGAGAAGGAAAUGCCAAGAAAGGUGGUGGUGAUUUUGAGAUGCCAGUGGUCAUGAAGGGCAAAGGCAACAAUAAUUAUAGCAAGAAUGGUAAUGGAGGAAAGAAAGGUGGAGGUGGUGAUGGGAAGAAUAGUCACAGCAAGGGAGGGAGUGAAAAACAAGAUGGUAAAGGUAAAAAUGGUGGCAAAAGUGGUAUUGGUGGGUUCUUGAGUUUUGGUAGGAAGAGUAAAAAUGGGAGAGAAGGCAGUACUGAUAAGAGCUUCAAUAAUGGCAGCUCAGCUGGAAACUAUAAUUCCAAUGGGGCCAAGAAAGGCGGAGGCAAAAAUGAUGGGGUCCACGAUUCUAACAAAAUCAAACAAGGGUACCGUGAAAUUGAUGUUAACAAUGGUGGUGGUGGUGGUGUCAAAAACAUGGGCCAGAUGGGGCAGAUGAUGGGCCAAAUGCGCCCAAUGGGUAAUUUUCCUGCAGUGCAUGGACUUCCUGCACCAGCAGCCAUGAAUGGUGGUGGUUAUUACCAAGGGAUGGGGGGAGUCAACCCUUACAAUCAACAAUACAUGGCAAUGAUGAUGAAUCAGCAGAGGCCAAAUGGGAAUGAUAUGUUUCAACCAAUGAUGUAUGCCCGGCCGCAUCCUGCUGUGAAUUACAUUCCGCCGCCACCAAUGCCACCGCAUCCUAUGGCAGAUCCCUACACUCACGUCUUCAGUGAUGAAAACGCCAAUAGUUGUAGUAUAAUGUGAAGUAGGUAGAGUAGUUUAAUAAUGUUGUCUUAGCUUUAUCUGGUAUAUGAAGCUUUGUAAUGGGUGAUUAUACAAGGUUGCAUGUGAUGGAACUUGAAAAUAGGUCGUAAUUUUCGUUUCAAACCCUUUGUUUGAUAGUAAUAUUUUAUUGCUUUGUCAACUUGAGCGUGAAGGCUCAAGGGUUCCUAUUUAUACAACAAUUGGAGCUAUCUUGGAUUUA